AUGGCACCGCACUUAAAAGUUACAUUAUACGAGGGCAGUGAAAGAUUAGGAGGCUGGCUACGAACAAAACGUAUUGAUGUGGGAGAUGGUGAAGUCGUCUUCGAACAAGGCCCGAGGACUUUGAGACCGAACACUCCUGCAGGAUUUGUUACCUUGAACUUGAUUAGAGAUCUUGGUCUGACUGAACAAGUGAUUAAAACCGACAAAACGUCUGCCGCUGCCUUGAAUCGCUUCAUCUAUUAUCCGGAUCGCCUUGUGUGCAUGCCUGAGCCUAGCCAAGGAACUUACGCUAUUGCCUGGAAGCUGUUAACAGAACCAGUUUUCAAAGGAUUCUACAAAAUGCUAUUCGAAUAUAAGAGACCGAGAAGACCAAGAGAAUUAGAUGAUGAAUCUGUGGGAUCCUUCCUGGCCAGAAGAACAGGGACCACAGAUAUUCCAAAUAAUUUGGUGUCGGCCGUAUUUCAUGGUAUCUAUGCCGGUGAUAUCUACAAGUUGAGUGCGAAGAGUAUAACCUCUGCACAGUGGGGAAUGGAAGGCGCAUAUGGAAGUAUCACUGCAGGAAUAUCUCAAAUGGGAAAAUUUCAGAAUGCGAUACCUGAAGAUGUGGACAUGGAGAAUGAAGAAAAGAGUCUUUUCACGGACAAUGAGAGGGCAAUUGUAGAAGGUACAAGUGUAUAUACAUUCCGUAGAGGAAUUGGCACACUUUCUGAAGCACUAGAGUCUUCUUUGCGGAGCAACCCUAAUGUCGAAAUCAAGCUGGGUGAGAAUGUUGGAAAAAUAGAGUACGAUGAUCAAAAAGAAGGUAUUAAGGUCUACACAACGCAGACCGGUGAACCACCUACUUUCCACUCUUACGUUAUCUCUACCUUGUCAGGUCGCACUCUCUCUACCUUAACCACAGCUUCAGAUGACUCUUUCCUCACUUCACUCGCAGAAACAGAGGCCGUGACGGUCAUGGUUGUGAAUCUUUACUACCGCGAUGAAGACCUUCUCCCCGAACGUGGCUUUGGAUAUCUAAUCCCACGGUCCAUUCCUUAUGAUCAAAAUCCAGAAUUUGCUCUUGGUGUGGUGUUUGAUUCAGACGCAACAGUUGGGCAGGAUACUGUUCCAGGUACCAAAGUUACCGUUAUGUUGGGUGGCCAUUGGUGGGACGACUUUGAAACAUAUCCCGAUGAGGAAGAGGGUAUUUCUAUGGCAAAAGCCGUCCUCCAACGACACCUGAAAAUCGAUCAAGAUCCGGAAAUGGCACAUGCAUCUUUGCAGAAAGACUGCAUUCCUCAAUAUACUGUGGGUCAUGAAAAAAGGCUCAAGCAAGCGCAUUAUGAGUUGUUGAGUGCAUACAAAGGAAGACUGGCAGUAGCUGGAAAUUCGUACACUGGAGUCGGUGUAAAUGAUUGCAUCAAGGCUGCCAAAGUCGUAGCAAGUGAUGUUGCACGCGUAUUUGCUAUUACUGGUAAGAGGGUUUCUGCGCGACCCGAUUUGUUGCACUCGUCCGCCUUCUAUACCGACACAGCAAACGAGAAACUUCCGUCAUUUGCAUUCGAUCAUGAAGAUUCCAUCUCCACGAGGUUUGUCUUUGAGAGAAGCUAUGGAAAUGAAAUGAUGCAGAAAGGUUUUCAUCUUCGUCACCUUAACAAGCGAAGCCUCUUUUCCACUGACCGACGUCUUCGAAUUCUUCGAUAA